AUGUUUGACGUCGAGGUUUUCAAGAAACAUCUUCAAAUUGAUGAGGCUUCUUGUAUUAAGAAGUUGGCUGAGGGGAAAACGAAGGAGAUUUAUGAGAUCAAAGACACCAAUGAUUUCGUGUUGAUCCGAUCGAAGAACCAACUAACCGCUUUCAAUGCGGCAAGGAAAAAUGAUUUGGAGGGAAAAGGGGCAAUCGCUUGUCGGACAACGACCAAUGUUUUCUUGUAUCUUCAAGCACUCGGUCUGCACACCCACUUUGAAACGGGGGUUUCUGAGACGGAUUUCGUGGCGAAACGCUGCGAAAUGAUCCCGAUAGAAUGGGUGGUGAGAAGAGUAGCGACUGGAUCGUUUUUGAAAAGAAACCCGGGCGUCCCUCAAGGCUAUCGCUUUAACAAUCUGAAACUCGAGACUUUCUUCAAGGAUGACGAGAACGACGAUCCUCAAUGGUCGGAUGAGCAGAUCAUUUCUCGAGAAUUCGUCGUAAAUGGAUUGAAGAUUGGUCGAGAAGAGAUUUUCCUUCUCAAACGACAAACGAAAACGAUUUUUCAAGUUCUAGAAAAAGCCUGGUCACUUUCCGAUUGUCAAUUGAUUGACAUGAAAGUCGAAUUCGGGGUGACAACAAAGGGGGAAAUUGUGCUCGCCGAUGUUAUUGAUAAUGAUUCGUGGCGUGUUUGGCCUGGAGGUGACAAACGACUGCAACUUGACAAACAAAUGUAUAGAGACAUGACAGAGGUAACAGCCGAAUCUCUACAAGAACUCGUUAAAAACUACGAAAAGGUAGCCGAGCUAACGGGCGAUUGGAUUCGUUUCCCAAAGUGUCGAGCACUCAUCAUUAUGGGAUCCACCGCCGACACGGCAUUUUGCGAGAAAAUCGAGAAAAAUUUGACCAGUUUGGGAGUGAUGAAAUGCGUUCGCGUCUGCUCGGCUCACAAGGCAACGACAGAGGUUCUACAUUUGGUUGCCGAGUACGAGGGUGACGGAGUGCCGACAGUUGUGAUCGCCGUGGCCGGACGCUCGAAUGGACUCGGGCCUGUGAUUGCUGGGAAUUCAUUCCUACCGGUGAUCAACGCCCCGCCCGGAGGUCCAGAGUGGAUUUCGCAAGACAUUUGGUCAUCACUACACACUCCAUCAGGCCUUGGCUGCACAACAGCUCUCGGAGCCGAUGAGGCGGCGUUGGCUGGUGCGAAAAUCCUCGCCUCGCACGAUCACAUGGUAUUUGGACGGAUUCUCUGCGAUCAACUCAACAAUUUUCUUUCAAUUUACAAAGGCGACAAGAAGUUCACCAGC